AUGGUGGCGGCAAACCUCAGAAGGCGUUCUAACGAGCCCGCGCAGUUGUCAACCCCGAAACGCCGCCGAUCGAACAAGGACCCGCUUUCGCCCGGGGUACGCCUGUCCACGGCAGAGCGCGUGCGCCUACUCAGCGAUCGUGACACCGAGACCACCAGCGUCAUCCUUGUGGUCAUCACGCCGGCGCCCGUGGUAAGGCCGCCUACCACAACGUCGAGGAAACCUACCACGGAGGAAUCUACAAUGGUGCCAACUUUCUCAAUGCUGGACUCCGAGGAAUGCCCCGGAGUGGUCUCCCUCAUGCCCAGCAAGUUGUACCAGCGCGUGUACGAGCUGCGGUCAGAGGGCCAGACAUGCGACGUAGCAGUCAUCUAUCUAGAAGUCCGCAACAAGGUUGUUCGAGACCUGCUUUCCCUCGACCCGGCCAAGGGCAUUGCCAUAUUGUAUCUCACCAUACACAAGGUGAAGGAGGCCGGCACACUCCUCGAGCCGCUCUUGAACGGAAAGAACCGGACGCAGCAUGCCACUGACGCUAAUGCUGAGUCUUCAUGGUCGCAUGCCAUCUUCCAGAGCUACGCCACAGUGACGGAUAAUGCGGCAAGCACGAGCAAGGAAACUCGCAUCUCGAUGUGCUCUGUUGACAUUGCCGGCUCGGAGGGCGCAGCUGCGGCCAGUAGGGACAUAAAUGAUCAGAUGCGCGAGGGUACCAAGCUCAACCUAGCUGUCGCUCGUGGCCCUCGGCAACUGCAUAGACGCCUGCUCGGGAAAGGGACCCAGCAGGUGCCGUACCAGGAUUCCCAGCUCACCCACAUCCUGAAGGACUCGCUGGGUGGCUCGGGCAACGUCCUUGUGAUUGGGACAGCGACGGCGGUGAAUCUCAAGCACGUGGAAACGUAG